UGCAGAAAUUCUCUGGAGUCUGCUCUAAGAUGACCUGGAAAAUGCAAAGGAGAAAUAUGUUUGCCCAGGACAGCAAUUCAAAAUACUAAAAUCAGGACCUUUAAGGUCGUUGAUCAACUUGUCUGUGCUUUUCUGGUAAACAGGCUGCCCUGGGGAGCUCAAGAGCAGCUCCUGGGACACAGCACCUGCAACCACAGAGCAGUCAUAAAGCCAGCAGGUCACAGGGUCACAGUGCCACGUUUUCUCAGAAUUGCUGGCUGAGAAGAACUAUGGAAGAUGAGAACUACCAUGAUUCAGAGUGAAACGCUUCAUAAGAAUCACAAAAGUGCCUGCAAGCCUCUGCCCUCAGCUCCCCAGCAGCUGCAGCGCUCAGGCAGGCUGGCAGCAGAAGCCCCCCCUGCUCCAGUGGCAGCAGGGGUGGCACUCUGCAAGGCAGAGGGAAGAGCUCAGGAGCCUCCAGGGCAAUGGGUCCCCUCCAAGCACAGCCUGCUGGGCCAGGAGGGCCAACAGGGGGACACCAGGCAAUGGAAGGUGAAGAAAAGGAAAAUCCCAAAGCUCUUCCAGCACCAGGGGAGCUGCUGCAGGGAUGCAGGCAAGGCUCCCACCUCCCUGCAGGACUGCUGCAGGCUCCCCAGUCAGCAGGAGGUGGUAGAAGCCCCACCAGUGGUGAUGACAGAGGAAGCUCUGCGCUGUGCUCAGGAGUGCUGCCUCGGCCACCUGCUGCUCUCCCAGCCACCAGCCCCUCUGAUAAAUUGGUUUUAUCCUCUCUGGUUAUGGGCAAGGAGCCCUGCUCGUCGUGCCUGCACAGAGCUCCACGCCUGGGCUGCAGGAACUCGCCCUCCCCAAGGACAGCGAGAGAACAGUAACCGUACAUUUUGAUGCACCCAAAAUGAACCACAGCAGCUGCAAUAUCACAGCCCAUGAAGUAUUUUCAGUUUUCCAGCUGUGUGUUUACAUCCCAGUUUUGGUUUUGGGCAUUGUGCUGAACGUGUUGGCACUGUGGGUGUUCUGCUGCAAACUCGGCAAAUGGACAGAAACCAGAGUAUACAUGGUCAACUUGGCUGUGGCUGACUGCUUGCUGCUCUUCACCUUGCCAUUUAAAACCCUGUCCCAGUUCCAGCAGCUGAGGGCGGAUGGGUGGUGCCUGGUUCUGGAAGGUGGCUAUUUCCUAAACCGCUUUAUGAGCAUUGGGAUCAUCACCAUCAUCGCUGCCGACAGGUACCUGGCAAUCAAGUAUCCUCUGAGAGCCAAAGCACUGAGGUCGCCACUAAAGGCAGCUUUUGCCUCUGGAUUCCUUUGGACAGUCAUCAUCUGUGAGACCUCCCUCAUUAAAAGCUUUGAGGACAGAAGAGAAGAUGACUUUUGCUUUGAAAAAUCUUCUGUGACGCCCUCGGUGAUCACGCUGUGCACCAUCAUUACGGGGUUCUUCAUACCACUGCUCAUCCUGAGCUACUGCUCCCUACAAAUCAUUGCAGAGCUCAGGAGGAAGAAGGAUGAAAGCUGCCACAACGAAAAGCUGACCAGGAAAGCUGUCUACAUUGUGUCUGCAAACAUGGCUGUGUUCAUCAUCUGCUUUUUGCCUCUGUACCUCGGGCACCUGCUCCGCUUCCUCAUGGACUCGCUCAGCUCCGACUGCUCGGCCAUACAGAGCAUCAACAACUUUGUCCACUUCUCCUCCAUCCUGGCCAACACCAACUGCUGCCUGGAUGCCAUUUGUUACUACUUUGUCAACAAGGAAUUCAAGGAAGCCUCUUCCAAGCUAGCAAGGUCCAAAUCUGGGGCCAGUGAAGAAGAUGAAAUUUAACGUAAUGCAUUAAUGCAAAGCACGUACAGCACAGGUUUGAUAUUUGCUGUGUUCAACUGGGACUCACUAGCAGGAUUUCACACUUGCUUUUCAUAAGAGUGGGAUGGAAGAACAUUCUAUCAAUGGGAAACAUUCAAAUAAGUGAUUCAGCUCUGAAUGAGACAACCACAGCAGUCCAGAUCCUGAUCUAACUAUCUAGAUUGCCGCUGACAAUUCUCUGCCUUAAUGCAAAUUUGUGUAAAUUUAUAGAUUUCCCCUGCCAAAAUUCCCCUGCCUUUCAUUUUCCCACAAAGCCCAAAAGAAGCUGAGGCAGUGGUAAAGUAUUCUGUUUUGUCUCUCAUUCCCACCUUGGAUUGGUGUUUGUGCAGCUGUGACAAAAAAAUAGGUUAUUCCAAAUAUCAACAAAUUUAAAAAAAUCAGAGUGAAACCAUGCAGCAAAUAAAGGAUGGUGUUUCUAUAAGUCACAAACCUAUUAGUUUUUAUUUGCUAAUAAUGCACAAUCCAAUAACAGUCAUAUUUACUUUGCUUUAAAGAAUUUUACAGCAAUGUAACAGCUACAAAAUGGUCAUAAUUACAAUACAAAGUCAGAAAAAAUUGCAAUUGCUUGUUCUGAGGAAAAACUUUACAUCAAAAAUGUUUGAGUCAAAUGGCAUUAAAAUUA